CUGGCUAACUCUGUGUCCUGUGCAUCUGGUCUACAAUAGUCCUACCUACGGACCUGGGACCCUGCCCCCAGAGGGCCCCCCCCCCACCACCGAGCUCCCACAGUCAUGUGUUGGCAGGUGGGGGUGAUGGACCCGAGAUGGCCCCAAGAUCCAGUGAGUUUGUGGGUUUGGCAGGUGCAGGCUGAGAGGUGAAGAAGGCAGUGACUCAGGGCCGUUGCAUUUGUCCACCUGCCCGUCUCCCGGAGCGCGAAAGUCCAAGACUGGCAAAGACCGGGUGCACCUUAGAGCGCUCGGGGCCCACCCAGCCGGGCGGAUCAGGGCGGGACUCCGGCCGGGCUCGCGGCGUGCCUGGGGGGCGGGGCUCCCGGGUUCGCGACUCGGGCACUGUCCGCGGUGCUGAGCGCCCGCCGGGGCACAUGGGGACAGGUGCGCCAUGGGGAACCGCAGCGCGGCGGACGCGGGCGGGCUGCUGGAGGGGCGCGGGCCGGGAACCGGCGGCGGCGCGGGAACUCCCGCGGCGGCGGCGGCGCUGGCGGGGGGCGUGCUGCUCAUCGGCGCGGUGCUCGCGGGGAAUGCGCUCGUGUGCGUCAGCGUGGCGGCCGAGCGAGCCCUGCAGACGCCCACCAACUACUUCAUCGUGAGCCUGGCAGCCGCCGACCUCCUACUCGCCCUGCUCGUGCUGCCUCUCUUCGUCUACUCCGAGGUCCAGGGCGGCGUGUGGCUGUUCAGCCCCGGCCUCUGCGAUGCGCUCAUGGCCAUGGACGUCAUGCUGUGCACCGCCUCCAUCUUCAACUUGUGCGCUAUCAGCGUGGACAGGUUCGUGGCCGUGGCCGUGCCGCUGAGCUACAACCGCCAGAGCGGCGGCGGGCGCCAGCCGCUGUUCAUCGGCGCCACAUGGCUGCUGUCGGCGGCGGUGGCGGCGCCCGUGCUGUGCGGCCUCAACGACGCGCGCGGCCGCGACCCCGCCGUAUGCCGCCUGGAGAACCGCGACUACGUGGUCUACUCGUCCGUGUGCUCCUUCUUCCUGCCCUGCCCGCUCAUGCUGCUGCUCUACUGGGCCACGUUCCGGGGCCUGCGGCGCUGGGAGGCCGCCCGUCGCGCCAAGCUGCACGGCCGGGCGCCGCGCCGGCCCAGCGGCCCCGGCCCGCCGCCCGCCGAGGCCACCGAGACCCCCGAGGCCAUUCCGCCCCCCGAGGCCGUUGCGCCCCCCGACGCCAUCCCGGCCGAGCCCCCGCUGCAGGGAAGCAAAAGGAGGCGCGCCAAGAUCACCAGCCGGGAGCGCAAGGCCAUGAGGGUCCUGCCUGUGGUGGUCGGGGCCUUCCUGGUGUGCUGGACCCCCUUCUUUGUGGUGCACAUCACCCGGGCACUGUGUCCCGCCUGCGCCGUGCCUCCGCAGCUGGUCAGCGCGGUCACCUGGCUGGGCUACGUCAACAGCGCCCUCAACCCCCUCAUCUACACUGUCUUCAACGCCGAGUUCCGCACGGUGUUCCGCAAGGCCCUUCGCAUCUGCUGCUGAGCCGCCCCUCACCCGCACCCCCAGAGUCCUCUGCGAGGACCUGGCCAUGCCUCAGGGGGCAGGACCCCAGCAAGGGAGGGGGC